AUGGCAGCACCGGUGCAGACCAUGGCCACUACGCCCCAGGCCCUUGAGCCUGCUGCUGUGGUGGUCACGUCGGUGUUCCAGCCAGGGAAGCUUGCCGUCGAGGUGAUCUCAGUGGAUCACGACGCCCGGCCAACGCCGCCGAUCCCCAUCCUGAUCGCUGCUCCCAAGGAUGCCGGCACCUACCCCGUCGCCAUCCUCCUGCACGGCUUCUUCCUCCAGAACCGCUACUACGAGCAGCUCCUCAAGCACGUCGCCUCGUUUGGCUUCAUCAUGGUCGCACCACAGUUCCAUACCAGCCUCAUAUCCAACAGCGACGCCGAUGACAUUGCGGCGGCAGCCAAGGUGACGGACUGGCUCCCCGAGGGCCUGCCGUCCGUGCUCCCGACCGGCGUGGAGGCCGACCUUUCCAAGCUCGCCUUGGCCGGCCACAGCCGAGGUGGCCACACGGCCUUCUCCUUGGCCCUGGGCUACGCCAACACCAGCCUCAAGUUCUCCGCGCUCAUCGGGCUCGACCCCGUCGCCGGCACCGGCAGGAACUCGCAGCUCCCGCCGGCGAUCCUCACCUACGAGCCCUCGUCGUUCGACAUCGCCGUGCCGGUGCUGGUCAUCGGCACCGGGCUGGGCGACGAGAGGGAGAACGCGCUGUUCCCUCCCUGCGCCCCCGUGGACGUCAACCACACCGAGUUCUACCGCGAGUGCAGGGCUCCGUGCUACCACCUCGUGACCAAGGACUACGGCCACCUCGACAUGCUGGACGACGACGCUCCCAAGCUUGUGACCUGCCUCUGCAAGGAAGGGAACAGCUGCAAGGACGUGAUGAGGAGGACCGUCGCCGGGAUCAUGGUCGCCUUCUUCAAGGCCGUCAUGGGCGAGGAAGAUGGUGAUCUCAAGGCCAUACUCGAACACCCUGGGCUCGCACCAACGACACUGGACCCUGUCGAGUAUCGGUUGGCAUGA